CCGACGAUGACUAUGAACCAUUAUUUGGUAAUACCUCUAGCCGGAGCUUACCCACCAUACCGGCGGGGACCCUCCGAUCAGUUCUCUUCCAAAAUCCAAAAUACAAAAUUAUGGCGUAUAGGAGAGCAGUAAGAAGAAUCACAGCCGUUCCUCAUCCAUCUCUCCAACUCCGAUUCCUUCUCAUUGCCCACCGAUGGCGAUGCCCUUCUUGGGCUCCACGUUUCCUUCCCCAAUAAUCGCCUUGCUCGUCUCUUCUUUCUCCCCAGCAUUAGUAGCCAAUCACCGACGCCGCUCCUCCCAUCCUACCACCACUUUCAUCACCAUGGCGGAGGUUUCGUCGGAGAGAAUCAUACUCCCCCAUCCGUCGCUGGAGGUCGUCGGCGGAGGUCGCGAUCGGUUCCUCCCGGCUUUCAAGUACUUGGACAAACCCUAUAAGAAAUUCCCUGUAAUUGGGUCCAAUCGCCAUUUGGAGACUAUUUUUGCUUCCUUCUUUAGGAUUUCCCCCAAGAUCAAGCUCCGCCGCGAGUGCUUGCGUGUGGCGGAUAAUGGCACCAUUGCUUUGGAUUGGGUCGCCGGUGAUCAUCUCCGCCUGCCUCUUGAUUCUCCUGUUCUUAUUCUUCUGCCUGGUUUAACUGGAGGGAGUCAAGAUUCAUAUGUAAGACAUAUGUUGGUUAGAGCCAGAGAUCGUAGUUGGAGGGUUGUGGUCUUCAACAACCGCGGAUGUGGGAAUAGUCCUGUUACCUCUCCCCAGUUCUAUUCAGCUUCAUUUUUAGGAGAUAUGCGUGAUGUAGUUGCAUAUGUUACUACACGAUACCCCGAGGCUAAUGUGUAUGCUGUUGGCUGGUCUCUUGGUGGUAACAUUCUUGUAAAUUAUUUGGGACAGGAUUGUAUGUCCUGUCCAUUGUCUGGUGCUGUGUCGUUGUGUAAUCCUUUCGAUUUAGUAGCUACAGAUGAGAACUUCCGGAAGGGCUUCAACAAUGUUUAUGACAAAGCCCUUGCUCGAUCUUUAUGUCGAAAUUUCCAGAAGCAUGCUGAUCUCUUUAAUGAUAUGCCUGGUGAAUUCAAUCUCCCAUUGGCUGCCAAUGCGUGGACUAUUAGAGACUACGAUGAUGCCUUAACUCGCGUUUCAUUUGGUUUCAACUCUGUGGAUGAAUAUUAUUCAAAGUCCAGCAGUUCAAAAGUCAUAAAAGAUGUCAGAAUUCCAUUGCUUUGCAUCCAGGCAGCAAAUGAUCCAAUUGCUCCAGAUAAAGCAAUCCCCCGUGAGGAUAUAAAGGAAAAUCCGAACUGUUUGUUGAUAGUGACGCCCAAAGGUGGGCAUCUAGGGUGGGUUGCAGGCUCUAGUGCUCCCCUGGGAGCUCCGUGGCCCGAUCCUUUCGUGAUCGAUUUCCUCGUGCAUUUGGAAAGCCAAGCAUCCAAAGCUUCUGCAGCAGAGGUGUUGGCAUAGCCAUUGAUGGGUAUAAAAAUUGCAAAUAAAGCUAUGAUUUGUGAAAUGAUUAAACUCAAUGCCAUGUCUAGAUCAUUUAAAAUUGGUAAUUGUAAAUUUAUUUUAAUAAAAAAUUAUGGUCCAAUAAGAAUUGGUUAGAAUCAA